CUGAGGAGGUCUAGAUUGUGACUGAGGAGGUGGAGGAAGAGAAGAGAGGAGGUCAGCGAACACAAGAAAAGGAGUAAGAAAAGGAGUAAGAGAGUGGACAAACUGGAGGAGGAAGAGAAGAAGAAGAAGAAGAGGAGGGGAGCAGAGUGCGAGAGUUCAGAAAAAGGAAAGGAGUAAGAAGCUAGAGAAUAGCAAUGUGACUGUGACGGAAGUGAUUCAAAGGAGGAGAGAGGCAACAAAAAGAAGAGAAAAGAGAAGUGAUCACACAUGCUGUGUGUGGAGGAGGAAAGAAAAGGACAGCUGAUGUGACGUUUGGGACUAAAAACAAAGUGACCAGGAGGAGAAGAACAAACCAGAGGAGCAGAGAGGAGAGAUAACUGGCACUUGAACUGUGUCUGAGGAGCAGAUAAUAUAAUCUUGAUGAUGGGCUGCUGUCUGUUUGUUUACUAUCGGAAGAAGAGGAAGCAGGCCAGCAGAGAUGCAGACUCGCUCAGCCUCUGCAGUCUGGACAUCAACGAGCCCAGCACCAAGCGCAGUAAACUGGUGUCCAGGGUGACCUCUCUGGCCGGACUGCUGCAGCCCGUUAAGACCGCACCGCUGAAGAGGAUUGGCCAGACUCUGCAGCGCUCCAUCAGUUUUCGUAAUGAGAGUCAGACGGAGAGAGCAGCAGCUCCUCCUCCCUCCUCCUCCUCCUCCUCCUCCUCCUCAACGAUGAAGAUGCGCGUUGUCUCGGCGUCCGUGUCCAACCCGACUUCCUCCAUGACCACCACGCGGGUUUCCACUGCCGCGGCGCCGCCCGCCAAGCGCCGCGACAGCAAGCUCUGGAGCGAGACGUUCGACGUCAGGCUGGGAGCGACACAACCUCUGAGCCCGAAAGAGAUUAAACGACAAGAGUCUAUAUUUGAGUUGGCUCAGGGUGAACAAGACUUGGUGGAGGAUCUCAAGUUGGCUAAAAAGGCUUACCAUGACCCGAUGCUGAAGCUGUCAAUCAUGACAGAGCAGGAACUGAACCAGAUCUUUGGCACCCUGGACUCGCUGAUACCCCUGCAUGAAGACCUGCUAAGUCGCCUCAAAGACGCCAGAAAACCUGACGGGUCCACAGAACAUGUGGGACACAUCCUGACUGACUGGCUCCCCUGUCUCAGCUCCUACACCUCGUACUGCAGUAACCAGGUGAAGGCCAAGGACUUGUUGGACCAGAAGAAGCAGGAUAGACGGGUCCAGGACUUCUUGCAGCGCUGUCUCCAGUCCCCCUUUAGCAGGAAGUUGGACCUGUGGAACUUCCUGGACAUCCCCCGCAGCCGCCUGGUGAAAUACCCGCUGCUAGUCAGGGAGAUCCUGAAGCACACGCCCAACGACCACCCAGACCGGCAGCACCUGGACGACGCGAUGCUGAUGGUUCAGCGCGUGGUGGCGGAUAUCAACAGGCGAACGGGGGAGUCUGAGUGUCAGUACUACAAGGACCGCCUGCUGUACACAGAGGACGGACAGAGGGACGAGCUCAUCGACCGGUCCAGGACCCUCAGCUGCCACGGAGAACUGAAGAACAACAGAGGACUCAAGCUCCAUGUGUUCCUGUUUCAGGACGUCCUGGUCAUCACCAGGUCCGUCUCGCUGAACGACCAGCCAGUCAGCUAUCAGCUCUGCCGCCAGCCAAUCCCCAUCCGGCAUCUGGACCUGGAGGACCUAUCAGACGGGGAGAUGAGAGUGGGCGGGUCCAUCAGAGGAGCCUUCAGCAACAACGAGCGGACCAAGAACUUCUUCCGGGUUUCGGACCGUACGGGAGGUCAGCUGCAGAGCCACUGCUUCCAGGCCAGCGACGCCUUCAACAAACAGCAAUGGAUCAACUGCAUCAGACAAGCCAAAGAAGCCGCAGCGCUGACCGGAGACCAGCCACCGCAGACGGGACAGUGUCUGGAGGCAGCGCUGGGGGGACAGAUAGGGCUGCUCGGGGAGGCUGGGCUGAGUUUGCGCAGUGAAGAUAAAAAUGAAGUGGAAACAGGGCUGGGUGUGGAAGGAGAGAAAGGUCUGAGUGGAGAGAAAGAGCUCGGUUUGGGUGAAGAGGUUAGGGUGGGUUUGACUGGAGAGACAGUUAUGGGUAGUGAUGGUGGGAUAGGCUUGAAAUCAGAUGGAGAAUCAGGGAUGGAUGGUGAGACGAGGCAGCCAAUCAGUGAGCUGGAGACAGGGCAGGUGGGUGGGGAGAUGGGGGCAGAGCCAGGAGCCAGAGCAGACUGGGAAAUGGAUGAUCCAGCCUCGCUUUUCUCCUCAACUUCUCCCUGUCAAGAGGAGGAAAAGGAGGAGGUGAUAGAGGAGGAGGGAGAGGACCACAUGGACACCGUAGAGGUGGACUCACAGCAGUGCGAGGAGCUGAACCUGCGGUGUUGAUGCUAGGACCAAAACCACACUGAGGGACUGACAGCGAAUCAAAUCGGUGGACUUGAUGAUGAUGUCACUGACAGACUAUGUCAAAAGAACAUCAGAAAAAACUUCCAAUACAUAGAUAUAAAUACGUAGAUACCACCUCCGGCUUGCGAUAUGCGUCUCUGCCCCCUGCCAUCAUCUGAUUGGUUCCUACCAUUACAGACACACUCUUGUAAUGGUAAAAAGCCCAAACUAAGCAACAUAAAAUAAAAUUUUUACGAAUUAAAAAGGUGUUUUUAAAAUAUUUUGAUCCAAAAUGAUCUUUUUUUUUGUUGAUAAUCUACACGUUUUCUUGCCAUGGCCUUUCUAAAAUAAGCGGUGGUAAAAUAUACUAUAAUCUGUUCAAAGUUGAUAAGCAGACAGCAAAGCUAGCUAGUUGGUAAUUUGUCUACUUCCACUUUAUAAACACCUAACGGAGCUGUGAACUAAUUUAGCGAUGUUAAGCUACAUAACGUUAGCAAUAUAUCUUGUGUAGAAUACAGGACCGGCAGGAUCAGAGAGCAGAGUAUAGACUUUUCUCUCUUCGGUUUGGGCAACAACUACGUGAUAUUUUAGGCUCCAGUGUGGUAAAAGCUGAGCUGACUUGUUCAUGGACAGUGGUGGAGGUUCCCAUAGUGCUGUGAUGUCACGUGAAAACUAUCAAUAGCUCAUUUCCCCCUCCAUAAACGUACAUGGGAACUCAGCCCUUUAAAUGAUAUUAAGGCUUAAAGCUGUGUACUGUUAAUAUCUAUGCAAGAUAAAUGCAUUUUAAAUGUAACAAAGUAUCUAGGGCUGCCACCUCUUAGUCGAUUAGUCAA